ACAGGCCGAUCUGCUCGCUCGAGUGUCUGGAACAGGAAGUAAAACCAGCUGCUGCUGCUGCUGCUGAGUGCGUGAAGCACUUUGUUCAGAAAGUUCGGCUGCCUCUGACGGCUCCGGGGUUUUGAAAGAUGGACAGCCAAGGAAGAAAAGUGGUGGUUUGUGAUAACGGAACAGGGUUUGUCAAGUGUGGCUAUGCCGGAUCCAACUUCCCAGAGCACAUCUUCCCAGCAUUGGUGGGCAGGCCCAUCAUCCGAUCCACUGCUAAAGUGGGCAACAUUGAGAUUAAGGAUCUGAUGGUGGGAGAUGAAGCAAGUGAACUGCGCUCAAUGCUGGAGGUGAACUACCCAAUGGAGAACGGCAUUGUCAGGAACUGGGAUGAUAUGAAGCACUUAUGGGAUUACACCUUCGGCCCGGAGAAGCUCAAUAUCAACUCACGCAACUGCAAGAUCCUCCUCACAGAACCUCCCAUGAACCCGACGAAGAACCGCGAGAAGAUCAUAGAGGUCAUGUUUGAGACAUACCAGUUUGCAGGUGUUUACAUCGCCAUCCAGGCUGUGCUAACACUUUAUGCUCAAGGCCUUUUGACAGGGGUGGUGGUGGAUUCAGGCGAUGGCGUAACCCACAUUUGUCCUGUGUACGAGGGCUUCUCUCUGCCCCAUCUUACGAGGAGACUGGACAUUGCGGGACGUGACAUUACACGCUAUCUCAUUAAGUUGCUCUUGCUGCGAGGUUACGCCUUCAACCAUUCAGCAGACUUCGAGACGGUACGCAUGAUGAAGGAGAAGCUCUGCUACGUGGGAUACAACAUCGAGCAAGAACAGAAGCUCGCCCUGGAGACCACCGUAUUGGUGGAGUCCUACACGCUCCCUGAUGGCCGGGUUAUUAAGGUAGGAGGAGAGAGGUUCGAGGCCCCUGAAGCUCUGUUCCAGCCCCAUCUCAUUAAUGUGGAAGGAGCCGGAGUGGCCGAACUUCUCUUCAACACCAUUCAAGCGGCAGACAUUGACACCAGGGCUGAGUUCUAUAAGCACAUUGUUCUGUCGGGAGGAUCUACCAUGUAUCCUGGUCUGCCCUCUCGACUAGAGAGGGAACUUAAACAGCUUUAUCUAGAGCGGGUACUGAAGGGUGAUGUUGACAAGCUCUCGAAAUUCAAGAUCCGAAUCGAGGACCCUCCCCGCCGCAAGCACAUGGUGUUUCUGGGUGGGGCAGUGCUGGCUGACAUCAUGAAAGACAAGGACAACUUCUGGCUGACGCGGGAGGAGUAUCAGGAAAAGGGGGUGCGCGUUCUGGAGAAGCUCGGCGUCACCGUCAGAUAAACAGGGAAACGACCCCUGAUCUAUUUUACAUCACCCAUCUCCUUUGUUCAGUUAAUGAAUCAUGUCAUCAGGUGUGGAUUUAUGGGUUUGAAUUAUGAAGGGUACUGGGGAGGUUUUGUAUUAUGUGUUUCAUUUGGUCCUCUGUCACUGCACUGACGUACAAGUGCAAUCGGGUCAUUCCUACUUUGCAGUACAUGUUCUUGUCCCUGUCAUAUAAUAAAUACAUUAAUUUUAUAAUAAUAUUCUAUAUAUACUACAGUUCAAAAGUUUGGGGUCGGUAGGAUCUUUUUAUGUUUUUGAAAGAAGUCUCUUAUGUACACCGAGGGGGCAUUUAUUUGAUCAAAAAUACAGUAAACAUUGUACAUAAUAUUGUGAAAUAUUAUUACAAUUUAAUGUAUGCUAAUAUAUUUUAAAAUGUAGUUUAUUCCUGUGAUGCAAAGCUGAAUUUUCAGCAACAUUUCUCCAGUCUUCAGUGUCACAUGAUCUUCAGAAAUCACUCUAAUAGGCUGAUUUGCUGCUCAAGAAACAUUUCUGAAUAUUAUUAUCAAUGUUGAAAUCAGUUGUGCUGCUUAAUAUUUUUGUGGAAACCAUAAUGCAUUUUUUUUUUUUUUUCAGAAUUCUUUGAUGAAUAGAAAGUGUAAACAGCAUUUAUUUGAAAUUAAAUUUUUUGUAACGAUUUACUGUCUUUACUUUCACUUUUGGUCAAUUUAAUGCGUCAUUGCUUAAAGUAUUAAUUUCUUUCAAAAAAUAUAAAAAUUAAACAUUCUUACUAACCCCAAACAUUUGAACGAUAGCUUUAAAUUACUAAUUAUAAAUAUGUCUUAAUAUAGUGAAUAAAAUAUGAAUAUAUUUUUAGAGUUUUAAAUGAUUUCAUCACUUUUUAACGGAGUGCUGCACUCUGUUAAAAAGGGGGGAUAUUAUUUAAUUAUUAAAUAUUUAGUAGUUUAUUUUUCCUGACGUUAUUUUUGGUAGGAAAACAGCAGCACAAGCAUCUUUAAGUAUUAGCAAUGAGUUCUGUGAUGAUUUGUGCUAUUAGUUGGUUUGUGUUACUCCAAAACACUUCAACUAUUUGAUAAAAUUACAGAAAUUAUGAUAUUAUCAUAAUUAUGAAAAAAUUAAAGAAUCUUAAAACAAUUACUUUGAAGUGUCAGUGUCAGUAAUGGCCAACUUUAGCUUUUAAUUUCCAUCCAAUUAGGCAUCUUUUCUUUUCAUUUGUCUAAAUAAUGUUUUAUUUUUAAAUUUGAUCUUAGCUUGAACAUGUUUCUAAACUCUUUUACAGAAAAACUUCUUUAAACUACAACACAAGCAUAUUCAUUUACGUGAGCGAGCAAGAGUACCGCAUGACAGGAAUGACCCAAUCAGUGAUGAGCAAUAACAAUAUGUAACACCAAAGCUUACAAAUGGUUAUGACAGACACCAUCAUCACUUCUGUAUUACUGCAAAGACUAAUAAAAGCUGUAAUGAAUCCUUGCCGCACCCCGUUCAUGACUGGAUGUGUUGUACUGUAUGUCAGUCCGGUGACAGAGAGACAAAUGUGUUAUCAUCUGUGUGUAAUGUAAAGGCAGAAAUAAAAUGCAUUUUUUCCAGAGGAAAUGGCUGUUCUCUGCCAGUUACGACAACUGAGCAACCAAAACUUAUUGCGGUAAUUUUGAUUCCAAUGUGGUCAUGGAGCUUUAGCCCUGUAGCUGAAGGGAAGCCUUUUUGCUGUUUCUGUCUGUCCAUUCUGUCCUGUUUCCCUGCUAUUGUGUCGUGUGCUUGUCCAGAAUAACAAGAGGGACUCCAGUUACUGCUAAGUGUUUUUUUUUUUAGCGUUUUGAGAGAUUGAACUGAGAGUCUGUGGGAUUUUUUGCUAAUGUAUUUAUCAGGCAGGCUAGUCUUCUGCUAUGUCUGCCUUUAGGAAAUUGUUUAAGCACACUUCAACAUGCAUUCAACAGUUGCAACUGAAGUUUUAUGUUGCUGAUAUAUAUCAAAAAUUUAUAUAUUAAGAAAAGGGUUUUUUAUUCUCUUAGCUGUCCAUUUGUUUUUGUUUUUUUCACUUGCAGUGCUGUGUCUGGCAUAGAAUAAAAUAAGAAUAAAAAUAAUAAAGAAAUAUUCUGCAAUAUCAAUCAGACAGUUGCUUCAAUUUAUUCCUAAAUUGAUGAUCCGGGAUGCUAACUGAUCUCUAACUGAGGUUAGAGAAUAAAUCAAAUAUGGAUCAUAUUGUUUGAAACCGAUUGUUUAUUAACAUUCAAACAGUACAUAACAAAAACUUUGGUAAUUGCAGUGUUCUGCCUCAUAUUGUCUCAUUCAUAUUUUAGAGACACCACAUGUUUGUCCAAUAUUAUUUUAUGUCCAGUGCCAAUCAAGAUGUAUGUAACUGGAUCUUUUCCCUCUUAUACUUUUUUUUUUUUUAAUUCAAUCAUAGUGUAACUGCCUAAUGGUGAUUUAAAUAAAGAAUGUGAUUUAUA